UGGGGGAAAUCAGUCGUGUUGUGAUCAACGGAGAGGAUUGUUUGUGUUUUCAAAUAUCGCUCUCGUCUCGUAUUUUGAAUACUCGAAGGUGAUAUCUACGAAUAAUCAGAGAAAAAUCCCGAUAAAAAAUGGGAGCCGGCUACACGUGCAUGAAGUGGCUGUUCAUCGUGCUCAACGCGGUAUUUUUGCUAUUUGCGAUUGCUGGCAUAGGAGCGUCAAUAUGGAUGCUGGUCGAUCCGACAAUUCCUCUGCAUUUCACGCAGGAGGCAAAUGAUUACCUGAUAUCAACAGUGAUCAUUUUUGUGGCGUCGAUCAUUUUGCUUUUCGUCGCCAUUUUGGGCAUCUACAGUGUCAGCAGAGAGUCCAGAAAGGCUCUCAUAGCAAGUUUCUGUUUGCUUUUGAUCAUCGUUGUGGCUCAGAUAGCAGCAGGUGUGUGGGGCUACAUAAAUCGUGAGAGCCUGGAUGCUCACAUUAAAGCUUCUGUCAAGAAAACAGUCAGGGAGGACUAUGAUAGAGAUGAGAAUUUCAGAAGGCUCUUUGAUACUAUCCAGUCAAAGAUGGAAUGUUGUGGUGCUGAACGUUCCUCCGACUGGACCAGAGUGAAGGAAUUCAACAUGGGCGUAUCUUCGAAUCCUCAACUGUACGACAUUCCAGAAAGCUGUUGCAGGCCCGGUUAUUCUCCCGAAGAUUGUCGCAGGUCCACCAGAAGCCAGAAGGUGGGAAGCGAACCGGACAAAAAAUACGUCUUCGAUCGCGGCUGCUACACGCUGAUCAUGGAGACGCUCAGCCAAAGCGUCGGUAUGAUUCUGAUCGUCGGCGGUGUGAUCCUCGCGAUAGAACUGGUCGGUUUGCUUCUGGGUCUGAUCAUCUCCUGCUCGAUGAACAGGACGCAUCGGUACAAGGCCUAAAAGGACCCCAAAACGGGGGUCCGGAGAAGGCCGAGGCGGCGCACAUUGUUAACCGAUUUUUUUGAGAUACGCAGCGUGAUCGGAGGUUGUGAAGAGUUUGCCGGGUAAAAGAUUCGUGUAACAUUUAAUAAUUUCUGAUACGGUGAUUUUAUAGCAUUUUUUGUCGUAUAAGGCAAGUUUCUUAAUGAAUAAUAGUGGGUGAGGCAUACAGGGUGUUUCUACAACAUGUAAAAAUUCAAUCGUUGCUUUUUUUUAGUACUAUUUUGUCAUCGGUAAUCAUUUACUGAAAAAAAAACAUUUCAAUUGAACAACGCAAUCAAACUGAAGACAAAAAAAUCAUUUUCAAAAAAUUCAAACAGCUAAAAAAGCGUGUGGUGCUUGUUAAUAAAUGUUAGAAUAAUUUUUUAGUUACUAUUUACAAAAUUGGAGUUAUGAUAAUUUGAACCUAAUUGCAUUUUUGCUAAACUUGAAUUUUUUGAAAAAAAUUUCCACUCUUCAGCUGUGGAAGCUGUUUUUUAAACUAUAAUUUGUUUCUGAAUUUUUAGUCUCAAAACGUCAUCAAAGGUACUUAUAAUUGUUUCCAGGUUUUUUUCCCAAAUUAAGAAUUUAAUUUUUUUUCUUGAUUCCCAAAUUUUGUUUCAAUUUUUAAACUCGAAUUUAUUUCCAUAUUUUAACAUUUUCAAAUUUUUUUCAAAAUACCCAAAUUUUUAAAUUAUUUUCCAAAUUUUUAAAUUAUUUUCCAAAUUUCCGAAUUAUCCACUUAUUUACACAUUUUAAAAUCGUUUUUUUUCAGACUUCCAAAUUCAACUUUUUAAAAAAGUUUUACGCGUAUCUAAAUCAAUCAAAGACAAACGAAAAUUUCAAAUCCGAUUUCUUUCCAAAUUACAAAAUUCAUUUUUUUUCAAAAAUCCCAAAUAUUUUUGCAAUAAUAAAUUCAAAUUUCUCUUCCAAUUUUAAAAUACCCAAAAACCUUUUUAGAAAUUUUAAAAUUUUCUUCAAAAUUCCCAAAUCUUCAAAUUAUUUUCCAAAUUCCCGAAUUAUCCAAUUACAUAUAUUCCAAAUUUAAAUUUUUCAAAAAUUUUAAAAUUCUUCAUUACGCACAUUACGCGUAUCUAAAUAAAUUGAAUACUAAAAUUGCAAAAUAUGAAACUUGUUGCUGAUAUAAUUUUUUAAAGAUUUUCAAUUUUUUUCCAAAAUUGAAAUUAAUUUUUUCGCAAAAUUCCCAGUUUUUUCAAUUUUUAAUUUGAAAUUUAAAAAAAAUUUUUUUUCAUUAUUUCCAAAUUUUGUAAUCUACUUUUUUACUCACUAAAAACUCACCCUGUAUGUUUUUAUCUGAGCGAUUCACAUGUCCAGAAUAUAUUUUCGUGUUAAUAUUGCAGUUGAAUCUGGUCGCCCCUGUAAAGUAACGUCCUGCCAAAAAAUUAGACUUAACCACGAAUUGCCAAAAAGAUCGAAAAUCAAAAAACGGUACUUAUACGUGUAAAAAUAUUUCUAAGACAAUCAUACACUGAUAAAAAUAUGUUUAACUGCAAGUUCAAACAUUUUUUAUUCAGCUUUGUAUUGUUUGUUCGUAGAACGUAAGUAUAGUGUUUAUGAUUGCACAAAACCAAAUUCGUGCACAAAAAAAUGUUUGAUAAGAAAAAAAGCUUUGGAAAAAUCGGUCAACAAUUUAUACCUCUUAUUUCUGAAUUUGUACAAAUUUUUUCGAGUUCUUUUGAAAUGGAAAGCUCUAUAAACUGUUUAAAAAACUCCAACAAUGCGUAUCUACCUACCUAACAUGACCAAACUAUGCAUAAAAAAACUUAGCUCUAUUUUAGUUACGUCUUUCGUUUGGUUUGAAACAUUAUUUUUUGCAAUUUCAAACGAAAAUUGACGGUUCUUUCCAUUUCGAAAACUUUACUGAAGUUCCAUAAUACGGGCGUUGAUUUUCAUCACAAAAUAUUUUAACGUUCUCUAUUCUUCGAUGUUGUGUACAAAAAAAAUUGCUGAAAGAUGAAUCUAUAUAUUUAGGUAUACUCGAGAUCUAUAUUUAUUUAGAUAUAAUAUUAAUGUUUGUGCCAUACUCAAGAAAAUCUUUAUCCGCUUUGUUGAGACAGAGAAAAAAAUAUUUACGAUAAUUUCGAAUAACAAAAACCGAUGAUUUAUUUUACCAGUACUGGGUUCAAGAUGACAUUGAAAAUGUUUAUUGAUAGAAAUAUAUAUGAGAAAUUGGGAAAAUGCUGUUUAGGGAUUUUUUGCAGAUUUUUGGAUACGGGUUAGUUUUUAAAAAUACGUUUUCAAAAAGACAAUUUUGGGAAUUUUCAGGAUAUGCCCCCUGAGUGAAUUUGUUUUGGUGCAGGUACAGGUUUUUAGCGUCUCUGUCUCAAUGAAUAGAGUCAUACAUGUUUAAAGUUGCAUGUUGAGAACAAACUGUAGACUUGGAAAUAGAUGUAGAACAAUUAUCGUAA